AUGGCUCUCUGGCCUUUUGGUCGACGGAAGAACCGUGCCCGGAAGCGAGGCGAGGGCGCGUCUAGCUCGUCGUCCGGCCAGAUAGCUGGCUCUCUCUUUCGCCCUGGCAAAUCAGAAACCUCAAUUCCCAACGGUGACACCUCCGCCUCCGCCAACAAGACUGUCCGUCGAGACAGCAAACGAAGAAAAAAUGGCCGUGAUGAAAGUGUUCUCGGAAAUGAAGAUUCUUGUCUCCCUCCUCAUCAGAUCCUCACCCCGUCACGGCUCCCUCUGAUGGAGCUGGAUACAAGCUCAGCCGUCCGGUCUCCAGGUUUCAAUCGCUCCGCACCUGUUGAAUCGCUUCUACCUCGUGCAUUUUCGAUGUCCAAGUCACAGCUCGGAAGCAACAUGUCCCAGAGUAGCUUGCUGCGUGGUAUAACAGACGUCCCCACCUUGCGCAACAAACGAAGCUCUGCAGAACCCGGCUUAAUACGCCGCAAGUCAAGUAAGCGCAAGAGACAGGAUUCGGCCAGAGAACAAGAGAUAAGGAACAUGUCUUCGAGCAAUUGGGAUUUACCUUCCUCUAAAACAUAUGCCAAGCCGGGAGGCGUGAGCUCCACUUAUAUCCGUCCACGGUCGAUGUCCCCAGACUCCUUUGCGUAUAAACUUAAUGCCUUUGACGCUUUAACCCCUCGUCCGCUUCUGCGCUAUACAGAACACUCCCGAUAUUGGACGGUUUCGGAACCUCCGUCAUCCCUAUCCAAGGGCAAGGGAAAGGCAUUCAGGCUGCAACAGCUCGAUGGAAAAAACAAAAUCAACGAACUCGCCGAUGAUAUGGAUGCAGGGACUCUCAGAGAACUCAUGGAUAGAGACCGUCGUAGAAGAGAAGCCAGGCGAAGUGCCGAACAAGGUCUUUUGCUUCGCAAGGAUCCAGCAUCACCCCGACGAACCGCAAUUGAACCCACCGAGCCGGCUCAACCCGAUUUAAAUACCAUAUACCACUCUUCUAUCCAUCGAAAGGCCGAUAAUGUCGAUUCAUCGAAAACACUAAAUCGCUCCUUGUCAUGGCUUAAAGACGCUUCCAAGGAGAGCCUUUCCACUGGUGGAAAAAUAUUGGACCCUAUUGUAGCGAAGAGAACACCUCAAGACGCUGAGCUGAUUGCAGAUGAUGAGAAGUCUUUUGUCAAUAUCUCCGUUUCCGACGCGGCUAAUUGUAUGCCCGACACCCUUUGUCAACAUGCUGGGCAGGAUAUGUCACCACGCCAAAGAAGUAUAUCCUCAAAUGCUGGGCGAAUUGGCCGUUCUUUAUCAUCCCUUUUUCGUCGCGGUUCCCGCUUUACGCGUGGUCCUCGAAGCCCACCAAGCGAAGGCCCUAGUUUUUCAGUCCCAUCACGAGAAUCUUUUUCUAAGAUUUCUCACACUGAGGCAAUAGGGCGGCCACCAAGCCUCCCGAAAAAGAGUAGUCUCCGUUUUGACGGCCAGUCAACGCGGUCAAAGUUCACUGAACACUUUGACGAUCUUGUAUCCCCGGAUAAUAUCCGUUCCACCAGCGCGAUUGAUAUAUAUCCCACGUCAAACCGAAUGAGUGUCUGCACAGGCCGGGGGACUAUGACAACAGCAGCCACCACAGAGGCCCAAGAAUGCUUCCGUGCCUCAGGAGCUAAUAGUCCAGAUACCCGCCCAAAUAGCAUGUUUUUAGCCCAAUCUCUAGCUUCGAUAGAUUCGGAAGGCAGCUGGCUGUCAGGUAAACCAUCUCGCCGCCUCUCCCAAAUACGACCUACCCAAUACCGUGUCAACACUGAAUCCAAAGAAAAAUUGGACGAUCCGGUAGACUCGCCUGAAGUCUGGACUCCCAGUGAGGAACCUUUCAAGCGACUUGGUGUCCCUGCAGAAGAGGAGGAAGAUGUUGAGAUAAUUGAAAAAGACGCCGUCAUACCUGAGUGUGGCGAAGCAACCACCUGGCAUGGAAGCCUUGAAAAGCGAGUCCGCCUCGUCAGUCCUGGGACGAGAGCUAAAUCCAAGGAGGGGCUGUUCACGGAAUUCCUAGAGACUGCUUCUGAUCUCCAGGAGCCCGAAAGUGAAACCCCCUUUGAAAUGGAAGGCGACGCGGAAGUCCAACGGGCUACCAGCGUAGAUUUUGGAAAAUGUCACGCACGUCGCAUUAGUGCCGGAAGCGCCAAACUAUUGGAUAUACCUUCUCGAUCUGUGAGUGACCGAAGAAUCAGCACAGGAACUAUGAGCAGCGGCGUCCUUCCCUCAGCCCCAGCCUAG